AUGGCUUCAGGUACUGGAGCUGGGAGCCGGCAACAGCGGGGGCUCCGCGCGUGUGUAUCGUGUGUAUGUGUGUGUAUAUGUGUAUGUGUGUAUGUGUGUGUGCAUGUGUACUGACCGCCUCCCCGCCUUCUCCCCGCAGUGCACGCGGUCGCAGAGCGCUCGCUGCGCUGGGAGCCGCGGUGCCGGCAGCAGCUCCGCCACCUGCAGGACGGCGCCAGGAUCGAGGCGCGGCUCCCGCCCCGUCUGGAGGGCCAUUGGGUCUCCACCGGGUGUGAGGUGCGGCCGGGGCCGGAGUUCCUCACCCGCUCCUACCUUUUCUACGCCAACCGCCUCUUCAAGGCCUUCCAGUUCUACUACUGGGACCCGUCCUGCCGCGAGCCCUCCUACUCGCUGGUCAUCAAGGGCAAGCUGCGGCUGCGCCAGGCCUCGUGGAUCACCCGCGGGGCCACUGAGGCCGACUACCACCUGCACAAGGUGGGCAUCGUUUUCCACAGCCAGAAGGCAAUGCGGGAGGCGGCCUCCCGCAUCGACCGAAGCUCGGGCGAGGGCUGCAGCGGUUUCCUGCCCCCGGGCCGCGCCUGGAGCCCCGGAGCGCUCUACGAACUGCUGAGCGCCAAAACCGAGCGGGACUGCACCGCGGCCCUGGGCUUCGCCAUGCACGAGCUGAGCCUGCUGCGGGUGGAGACGCACCAUCAGCCCCUGCCGGGGCCGCAGCAGAGCGGCAGCAGCCUGGUGGAGGAGCUGUACCUGGGAGACAUCCAUACGGACUGGCCGGAGCGGCUGCACUACCGCCCGACGGGCUACCAGCGUCCGCUGCAGAGUGCCGUGCACCACAUGCAUCCCUGCCCGGCCUGCGGCGCUAUCUACAGAGCUGACGAGCACCACCCGCCCAUCCUGCCUGCCCAGGUCGAGCUGCCGGUGCAGCUGAGCGGCAGCUGGGUGAGCACCCGCUGUGAGGUGCGCCCUGCCGUGCUCUUCCUCACUCGGUACUUCAUCUUCCACGGCAGCAACCACACCUGGCAGGGCUACUACUACCACUACUCCGACCCGCUCUGCAAGCAGCCCACUUUCACCAUUUACGCAUCUGGGCAUUACACCCAGGGCGUCCCCUCCUCCAAGGUGAAAGGGGGCACGGAGCUGGCUUUCAAAGUCACACAAGCACGGGUGACGCCCAUGGAUCAGGUGACGGUGAUGAUGCUGAACUCCUCCGAACCAGGGAGCUGCGGGCUCGCAAGCUCCUGGAGCGCCGGCAUGGAGCAGGAUAUAACGCCAACCAACGGCUGCUUGGCUUUGGGCAUCAGGCUGCCCCACACAGAGUAUGAGCUCUUCAGAACAGAGCACGACCCCAAGGAGCGCAGCCUGCUGUACGUUGGUGAGAGGCCCACGGAUGGAUCCAGCCCCGACCGCCCCGACAAACGGCCCACGUCCUACCAGGCGCCCCUGGUUCAGUGCGCGGCUGCAUCAGAGGAGUUCCCUAGCUACUAUAGUCUGAAACAUGUGGGGAAAGAGGGUGCUAACGGCAGUGAAGAACUGAAACCUUUGCCUGUGGCCCUCUUACUGUUGAUAGCACUGCAGGUGCUAAGAUGGGACUAGCUCUCUAUUCAGGUACAGCACAGAACCCAGAUAGUCUUGGUGCUAAUAUGAUUUUUGUAACUUCCAACUGAGCACAUCUGGAACCAGUUUUACUUAGACUUGGAAACACUUUAAAAGAAAAAAAAAGAAGGCAAAAAACAAAGAACGGUGACUGAAGCCAAGAAGAUGUGCCUGACCACGUACUGCCUGAUGGCUUCGUUGCCUCAUCUCCCCUCGUCUUUGCAUACCAAUGUAAUGUAGUGACAUGGAUGCACUGCACAUUGCAGUCAGUACUUCAGCAAUGAGGGGAAAAAGAGCAACAUCAGUUGCAACUGAUGCUUUGAGCUUUUGGCACUGCUAAGAUUUAAUCAAGGGCUUAGUUCAGAUGUAAUUCAAACAUCCAGAGUGUCAGCUGCUGAGUUUUUUUGAGGUCAAGCUCCCUCCGCCACAGUCCUUAUUGCUGUUUGUGCAAAUUUGAUCUGCGGUGUCCAUCAGCACCAGAUACAGUGUCAGCAAGUGCUCUCACUAAGGACACAGCUAACGAUGCCUCUCAGUUUAUACAUGUUUUCUGCAGUUUUCACAUGUACAUACAUGUGGAGAUGCAGAGCAGCAACCCCAGAGCAUCACCUGAAAGAAAAGCUACAGUAAAUAGAAGAGGCUCCUGUGCAUAGCGGUGCCAACUCCCAGCAUUCUGUAGCUGCAGACAUUGCAUCCUUGCCGCACUAUUUUGGCACUGCCAACUGCAGCUCCCACUCACAGGCAGUGAGCAAAGCAGAAGAUCACUCAGGUCUUCUCAGGCUGUAUAUUUUCACUGUCUCCUCUUUUAAGUGCAUUGGCUGUUAAUCCAGCUGUCGUAUCAGUUGGACUGUCACUGCCAGCCCCGUUCACUUGAAGAUGGUUUAUAAAUCUGCCUGCAGUGAACAGGGCGCUGAGGAGACGAGUCUGAGCAGCACUGUCAGACUGUCCAGAGCUCUGCUGGCAAGAAGGAGAGAGUAAGAAAUUACAUUCCCCUUGCUGCAGCCAAGAAGCAUAUAACAUACCUGGGGAAGAUCUCUUCCCAGUAGCUAAAUCCCCUCCAAAUAAGCCUAUAUAUCUUACAAAGGAUAUUUUUGUUAAACCAUCUAUGCAAUAGCUACUUCUUAAUGCUGUUUUUACAAACUUGCAGCUUGUACUUAAAUAAUUUAUGGGUUUUAUAGCAUCAAAGUACUUUUUGGGGGGAACUGUACAUUAAUAAUUCAGAUGAGAUGCUUAUUAAAUGCAUACAGUUGUGACACAGAUGUUGUCAGCAUGUUCACAUGUGCCAGGCCCACGUAAGCAGCCACAUCUCUGAUGUGCACAGUGGCCAAACUCGGCUCGUCUGCCUUCAGUGCGAUCAGUGGAGGCUGCUCCAGGGUUCAGCUCAGCAGGCACAACGCCUCCCUUCGUUGCCAAAGCUUGUUGUGCUUUGUUGCUUGCUGCUGCAUGGAGAUGUGUGGGCAAACAUUUGAAGAACUGAAGUGCACCGUGAGGAACAGGGCUUUUGUCAUCUUGGGACACCCUGGGAAGGUGCAGUGUAUGACUGAGGCAUAGCAGCACUGCCUCUCUUGGAAGCUGCAUGCAAUUUUUUCCAUAGCAGUGCUGUUUGC